AUGAGAAGCUGUGCCCGGCUGGGGCCAGCAGUAUCAAUUUUUUCGGUGAUGCGGCCAGAUCCAGCCCCGUCCGUGGUGGAUCUGACACAAAUGGGCUUUGCAACGCCGGCACGAAGCAGGUUCUGGCCUGGCUCCAUGUUGUCCACUUUCUCAAGCGUUCGAUUUGGACCGGCUUUGCCAGCGUUGGAUUCUGUUAACCUCGGAAGCACUUCAUCGGCGGGAACAAUCAGGAGCUCCCUCAUCUCGGACGGCUCCGACUCCACGUACCUGAAGAUCAGCUCGUCUCAGCUGGACGUCUAUGCUGGCACCCAGCGUGGCAUUACAGUGACCGCAAAUGGUGGCACACUGCAUGGUGCAUGGUCGGCAGAAGCCAGUAUCACAACGUCCGACAGGCGCCUCAAGCGCAACAUUCAGCCGCUGUACCAAACCAUCGCAACCAGAGCGCGCGAUCGAUGGGAAUCCGAUUCGGGAGCGCAGCCAGCAGCUGACAAGCUAAGCGAAGGUGAGCAGGUGAAGUGGCUGCUGCGCGAGCUGCGGCCAGUCUCCUUCCAACUGAAGCGGGGACCGGAAGCCAAGUACCUGAAGUUCGGUUUCAUCGCGCAAGAGCUGGAAGCAGUGUUCCCCAACUUGGUUCGGACGGUUGGGGACAACACGAAAGCGGUUGCCAGCCAGGACCUCAUCGCGGUGCUGACUCUCGCCUUCCAGAAUCUCCAGAAGGAGCACGAUGAGUACAAGAAGACGGUGCUUGACCAGCAGAGGGAGUUGGAAAGCCUCAAGCGGCGGCUGGAUCGCCUCGAAGCAGUCGGUGCAUAA